ACUACAAAUACCAGAGUGACCAACAGGAUCGCGCGCGCAACACACGGAUGAGUGAUGUGUAGUUGAUACAGUAGUUAACAUUACAGUGAACGUUGAGCAUUUUCUUACGACCACAGCUACUUUUGAAAACUUUUUUUUUCUUCGGUCCUUCGUCCAAGCGCUGACCAGGUCAGCACUGGUUUUGUUGCUCAUUUUAAUCUGAGCAACUGUGAAUUGUAUGUCUGCUAAUAUUUUAGUCUAAUGAAACGGGUUGUUUUAUGAAAAUGCAUCUUCAUGUUUAUCCUGUUGUCUGUUACUGAUGAUACUGCAUUUUUGAGAGCAUGAAAAAUACAGACAGUACAAGAGGCGGUGCUUCACUGUUCGACUCGUUUGCAGGUCACCACAAAACCACAUCCUUGGUGAACGCUGGCCCCAGACGUCAUCUGUUGAAUGACUGAACCUGUAGAUCGAUAGCAGAGUUACAGUAUUUCAGCACGCAUUGUUAAAAAAUAAUGUUUGCUAGGAUCAAUUCAGCGGGCUUUCAGUCAUCGGUGAGGAUGUCUUUCAUUGGGAUUUGAAUAUGUGUGGUACAGAUCAUUCUCUGGGAGCUUAUCCAGAUUUAGCCUUAGUGCUGUGUAAAGAGCAACUGAGCUGAGCUGGGCGCUGAGUUUGCCUGUGGUUCAUCAUAAUGGCUGCUGUAUGCCAAGCCAUUUUCCUCCUUGUGGUCUGUGGACUCGUCCAGCAGAUUGACUGUGCGUGCAAUGUAACUUGCACCACAGACUACCUCUCGAGACUCAAUUGUUCCACUUCAGCCUCGGAAGGUCCGGUGUCUUGUGAUGUCGAGGCAGAGUGCAGAGAUGAGAUUGACUCUCUGGAUGGGAGCUGUGUCAUAAGGUCGCCACAACAGUGGUGCAUAAUCGAACCGGAGGGUUUUUACCAGAUGGCUGCCCUUGAUACAAUAUGUACACUAAAAGUAAAACAGUCAAACCAGCAACAGGAGACGAAGUAUACUUCAAAGAAAGUGUGUUUAAGUGCUAUCGUUAAGCCACAGCAGCCCUUCAAUCUAACUCUUACGAAGAGUAAUGGGGAUUUCAACCUUUCCUGGGAAAUGGCUUAUGUCUCAGAUGGUGGCCUGGAUGGUCUUUUGAUGUACAUGGUGCGUUUAAGGCCAGCAGAUGAUCUGAAUGAGAAACACAGAAAGGAAUUCUAUGUCAGAGAUGACCGCAGGUACCAGGAAAUCCGGUGUGAGCUGCUCUUGCCGGGUAGGGCGUAUGUGGCCUCUGUCCAGGCCACGGUCAAUUCCGAAAGUUUUCCUUCAAGUCAAUGGAGCGAGUGGAGCACCAGCUCUGAGUGGAGCUGCCCCCACACUGAUUCUUCUGCUCUCAUGGGUCCAAACCGAUACCUUCUCUUGCUCUUGCUGUCGGUACUGCUCCUGUUUGUACUCUUGUUCUUCUUUGGAAAGCAGGGGUGGCAUAAGAAGCUGGGUCUGUUUCAGUACAUCCCAAACCCCCAAGACUUCUUCAAACCCUUGUACCACACAUAUCAAGGGGACUUUAAGAAAUGGGUCGGUCCUGUGCUCACCUUCAACAGCUUUGACAUACUGGAGAAGAGCGUUCCUCUGCAGGUGCUCACUGAGAAGCAGCUGGCCUCUGUGCCGCUGCAGAGGGAGUUUCUCCAGGAGCCAGGCAGUGGCGGGACUGGCCUAGGGGACUGGAGCCUGCUCAGCCUGGUCAACGCCGGCUCCUCCAAGCGCUACUUCCUUGGAGGCAGCAGCCUGGGCACCGCACACUCCAGCGGCCACAUUUCCAUGGACACCGUGACUGUGUCUGGUCAAGAGGGCACCAUGUCAGAUUGGACCGGAGGAAGUAGCAGAAACAGACCAGACCCCGGCUUCCACGGGGCUGGUCAGAGGGCACCCGGGGUUUCAGACGAGGACGACGUCCCGGGGCUGGAUGGAAGGGAAGGCUUGGAAGAACGAGGUUUCGACGAUUGGCAGCUGCAGGGCAAUGAUAUGGACAACAUCGAAGAGAUCUCUUUGGACUCGUACGGUUCUAACGAGCAUUCGGAUGAUGGUUACCCUCAAAUGGGCCUGGACUUGGACACCAUUGACAGUGGCUUCUUGGAAUCAGACUGCUCGAGCCCUAUGAACUCUGAAUGUGACGGAGGCGAGCACAUGGAUGCUGCUUUGCUAGGUGGUGGGGUGGGUGUCCAUUCGAACUAUGUCAAGCAGUGGGUGGCCAUCACACCACUGUCAGAAGACCAAAGCAACUCUGAGCAGUAGAGUCUCUGAACUCAACAAUACACUUUUUUUUUUUUCCUCUUCUUUACUAACUCUUGGACUCUAGGUUUUGGACUGUGGGUUUUGGAACUGUCAAAAACAGUUACUGAAUCAGCUGGACUUGUUACAUGUUUAACUCUGCAUAACUGCAGACAUAAGCACUUACAUCACCGUCUACAGUGGCACUGUGGCAGCCACAGUAGGGAACAAUAGACUUGUUUUGCUUCUAAUUAAGCCUUGAGGGAAGUGAGAGAGCUGAUUCUAUCACCUUGUGACAUGGUGUUUUAUGAUAAAAUGCAAAACUGCAUUAGAUAUUUCUGAGCUUUUGAAAGGCUAUGCAUUUUCUCUUAUUUGAGGUAGACUAGGGAAUACAUGGUACAUAGAAUUAUCUCUACAUUGUAUUUUUCUAAGAUUAUUUGCACAGCUCUAAUGCUUGCUAUCAUGUUCUAGUGGGUAUGAGAGAACUGACAGGGAUCUGAUGAGCAUGUUUAAACUCAGGGAGAUAAGCCAGCUCAGACAUUCUUAUGAAGUGCCUUCAAUCUGAUAAUGCCGCUGGCAUGUCAACCUAUCAGAUCUUAUAUACGCACAAAUAGAGUUGCUGAGAUCAGCUACUGACCUUUCUCGUCUUUGUUUGCACAAGUGUCGUCUAAGUGUGUGCUCAGGAAAAGCUUGCUGCAAUAGCUGUAGCACUUUUGGCAGCUAGAGUUGAUUUAUGGCUUUAUUCACUCAACCCACUCUAUGUGCACCGACCUGUCCUGAAGGGUUUAGACAGAGCUGUUAGAUUACCAAAUAAUGGUUGGAACUCUUAUCCAACCAUACUGUAAAUGUCCACAAGCACUUGAUUCACAUUAUGAUGGAAGUGCCAGUUAAGAUGACCUAAAGUACCUAAUGUUUGCAAAACCAACCUUAGUUUACAAAGUGAUAAUGCUUAGUAAGAAAUCUGAAAUAAUUUCUUGUAAUCUGUUCUUUUAACCUACCAUCAAAUGAUGCCAUACUGCAAAAAUGUAUUAAAUAAAUAAAACUAUUUUGGUUUUAAAAUCAUAUUUAUAGAAGGGAAACCUUGCAGAGACUAAGAGACUAAAUGUAUUAUUGUAUUAUCAAGUAAAAUACAGACUAUGCCAAACAAUUCAAACAAAAUCAAUUUAUUUAAUUAGAUCAGAUAUCCCAGAUUUU